GCUGGGCACCUCAUUUUGACACUUCUAGGUGUAGGCCACUGGACCCAAAGUGAAGUUUCCCUACAAGAAACCACAAGCUGCGCCUAUUUAUCCACUACAAAAUCAUCGAAGUUGGUGUCUUGAAAAAUCUAGGGUUUCAUGGUUGUUUUCUCGAAAAAUUAUGCUUCUCCUAGCUGGGGUGUUGAAGAACUAAUUAAAAUACUCAAGUUAAAGCAGAUAAUUUUUCGUACUUUCUACGAUGUCGAUCCUUCUCAAGUGCUAAAGCAAACUGAGUGUUUUGAUGAAGAUUUGGGUAUACAGAAGGAACGGUUAUUUGGGGAUUUGCGAAAUGUUGCUGACAGGCAUGAAUCUAAAUUUAUCGAGAAUAUUAUAGAAGAAGUCCUACCAGAGGUGAACCAAACACCUCUGGAUGUUGCUUGGUACCCAGUUGGAGUAGAUAUUUGUGUCAAAGAUAUAGAGUUGUUAUCGAAAAAUGAAUGUGUUGAUAAAGUUCACAUGGUUGGUAUAUUUGGCAUUGGUGGAAUAGGAAAAACAGAGGGCAUCAAGUUGUACUUUUAAGUACGGACUUGUUGAAGAAGCUAUGUCACUCUUUAAUAAGUUGGAAAGAAAGAGAGCAA